UUUGUUCAAAGCGUUUCUUCAAGCUUUAACUCUUUAAAUCCCACCGCCACCACGAAAAGGAGAGUGAGACAGAGUGAAGAGGAGAUCACAGUAAUGAGAGAGACGCAGGCCUUCCUGUUAUUCCUCUUCUUCCAACUCCUUUUCAUCACUGUCCUGGUCACUUCAUACACACCAGUUGAGAAUUUUGCAGUCAACUGUGGUAUCUCCGGCAAUAUUUCGUCUUUUGAUAACCGGAAAUGGACCGGAGAUAUUGGCUCCACUGAAUUCUCUCUCAUAGAUCCCGACAAAGCCACCCAGUUUGUCAAAGCCGCCGAUGCACAAGUCAGCAACCAAAAUAUCCCCGGCGGCACCGCACGGCUCUCUCGCUUGGAAUUCUCCUACUCCUUUCCAGUGACCGACGGCCAAAAGUUUAUUCGUCUCUACUUUUACCCAUCUUCCUAUGACCCCCACUUCCUUCUUCCCGAUGCUUUCUUCUCCGUCAAAGCCGGGCCCCACGCCCUUCUUAAGGACUUCAACGUUUCACUUAACGCCGACCCUGGAGAUUCAGAAAGAGCCAUCGUACGAGAGUACUGCGUCAACAUUGACCCAGGUCAGAGGCUGCUAAACAUAACCUUCACUCCCAGCCGAUCUCAUCAAAAUACCUAUGCUUUCGUCAAUGGGAUCGAGGUUGUCUCCAUGCCCUCCUAUCUUUACUACACUAACCCUGAAGAACUACAGGCUAUGAUGCUAGAUGGCCAAACCAUCCAGUUUCGUGUCAACAACAACAGUGCUCUCGAGACAGUGUACAGAACCAACGUUGGAGGGAGUCAGAUCGCUUCCGAUAUUGAUACUGGCAUGUUUCGUUAUUGGGACCAGGAUCUUGCCUACUUGGAGAGCGGGGAGCGCCUGCAUAGUGUAUCAGACGGAUUUGGGUUAAAGCCAAACUACAAAGAUUAUCCCAAUUAUACCUCACCAGAUGAAGUAUACAUGACUGCUCGAAACUAUGGGAUGAAUGAGACGUCCAAAUUUAAUGUGACUUGGGAUUUUGAAGUCGACUCAGAGUUCACUUAUAUGGUGAGAUUGCAUUUUUGUGAAUUCGAUGAAAAUAUUAAAAAUGCUGGAUAUAGAGUUUUUCAAAUCUUUAUAGCUGAUAAGUUGGUGGAGGCUGUUGCCGAUGUGUUUAUGUGGAGUGGCUACCUGGUUCCUGUACAUAAAGACUAUGCCGUGUCGAUGUGGAGCCAAGGAAGUUCAAAGAAGCUGAAUCUUUCAAUCAAGUUGCAACCACACCCGAGAGCAAGAAGCAUAUACAGAGAUGUCUUAUUGAACGGUAUUGAAAUUCUGAAAAUAAGUGACCCGGCCAGUGAUAAUCUUGGAGGUCCUAAUCCCGUUCCACGUCCAUCUCCCUCAAUACCAAACUUGCCAUCACCCAAGUCCUCCAAUAAAACAAGGGUAAUUUCCGUUGUUGUUGGGGUAGCUUCGGGCUUCAUUGUGCUAUCUGUUGUUGUUUUGUUUAUCAUUCGGCAACGGACUAGAUCUUCUGGGAUUUGUUCUUUUUCGACGAGUCUAUUGGUUUCUGUCCCCACCAUGAACAAAAACAGUUCAUGGUGGGGACAGAAACCAAUAGACUCGUCGAAAAAGAACAAAUCCCAUGGUUCAUCAUUGCCAUCCAAUUUGUGUCGCUGCUUUUCAAUAGAUGAGAUUAAAGCAGCCACAAGUAAUUUUGAUGAUAUUUUUAUUGUGGGCGUUGGAGGGUUUGGUAAUGUCUAUAAAGGCUACAUUGAUGACGGUACGGUCCCUGUGGCAAUCAAGCGUCUCAAGCAAGGCUCACAACAAGGGUUCCAUGAAUUCCAAACAGAGAUUGAAAUGCUCUCUCAACUUCGUCACAAUCAUUUAGUGUCUCUUAUUGGUUACUGCAACGACGGCAACGAGAUGAUCCUCGUCUAUGAGUUCGUGGCUCGUGGGACCCUCAGUGACCAUAUUUACGAUACUGAUAACCCUCCGCUUUCUUGGAAGCAAAGGUUGGGGAUGUGCCUUGGUGCUGCGCGUGGGCUCCAUUAUCUUCACACUGGUGCGAACCACAAUAUCAUUCACCGUGAUGUGAAAUCCACAAAUAUCUUGAUAGAUGAGAAAUGGGUGGCUAAAGUUUCGGAUUUUGGGUUGUCCAAGAUAGGACCCAUAGGGAUGUCCAAGUCUCACAUAAGCACAGUGGUGAAAGGAAGCAUUGGUUACUUGGAUCCAGAAUACUAUAAGCGUCAAAGGUUAACUCAGAAGUCUGACGUUUACUCCUUUGGAGUUGUGUUGCUGGAAGUAUUGUGUGGGAGGCCUCCUUUGCGACGUAACGUGGAGAAGCAGAAAUCAAGUUUAGUGGAGUGGGUCCGAAAAUGCCACCGCGAGGGUGUGAUUCAUCAAACUGUUGACCCUUUCCUGAUAGAAAGUAUCACACCAGAGUGCUUAAAAGCAUUCAGCGACAUGGCACUCCAAUGUUUAGUGGAAGAUGGGAAUGAACGGCCUUCAAUGAACGACGUUGUGUGGGGCCUAGAGUUUGCGUUGCAGCUUCAGGAAGGGACAGAAGAAUUAGUGGGGCUCGAUGUGGCCGAGAUUGAAGGAAAGAGCGAGGAAAGUGCUCUGCUGAGAAAAGCGACAAAUGUGGAAGAAAGUAAAGUAGGGUUCACGAGCAGUGACGAAUCGAAAGGCAGCAGGUUGACUACUUCAAGCAGUGAAGACCAGUCUUUACUUUCUGGGUCGAUCUUCUCCGAGUUGGGUCAUCCAACUGUUCGAUGAUAAAGAGAAGUCCCAAAAAAAAAACAAAAAGAAAAGAAAAGAACAUGGGUUAUUAUUGCUCAGUGAUUAAUUUUUUGUUCAUUUCCUUAGUUAACGACGUUGUAUGAUUGUAUAUAUGUCUGUUGCUGUGACGCCUAUUGGAACUUCUUUUCUA